AACACGUUUUUCCCGCGAUAUUUGUUUAUUUUACGGUUCUGGAGGAGUUUGCGUGGAGAAGAGGAGCACAUUAAGUGGGGAUGUAAAGAAGACCUGAAAGCUUGACAGUUCCCUAAUGCUGUGUGAGGAAGACUCUUGAUAUUUAUCCAAAGAGAGGUGCACUUUUUUUCUUCUUCUUCUUUCUGGUGUUAUGUCUGUCUCCUCCCUGCCAGAAUGGAAACAACUUCUUCUGGAGAGAAAGAGGAGAGAGGAGGAGGAGCGAGAGAGGAGAGARAAAGAAGAGGAGAAGAAGUUAGCCAGCAUGCCGGCAUGGAAGCGAGGGCUCAUUCAGAGGAGGAAGGCCAAGCAGGAGAACCCUGGGGACAGGGAUAAGGACAUCAGCCUGCUGCAGGUGGACCUCCGACCUCCCUCGGAUGCUCUGAGCGACACCGACAGCUCUAUUACAGUCAAUCUGGGAAGUGACCCAUCUCUCAGUCCAGAUCCGGGGCAGUGGCUGGAUGCGGAGGCCAAACUUGUCAGCCAGGUGUCCGUGGAGACCAUAGUACCCGUCCACGAAAAUCCAUUUAUCCGUACGCAGAGCGUGUGGAGGAAAGGCAGGGAAGCAGAUGUUGGGAAUGAUCUGGAAGUCAAGGAGAAACCAAGUCCCAGGUGUCAAGAUGUGGAGACGGGGAGAGGACGAGAUAUAGACCUGAAAAUAGAGAGGUUUAGGGAUUUAAGUCAGGGAUGGGAUAAAGAGAAAAGCUGGGAUCGAAGCCUAGGAAGAGAAAGAGAAAACAGCCAAGAUGGACUCGAAAAAGAGAAAAAGCAGCAAAAAGAGUUUGUUAAUGAUGCGAGGGAGCCGGACAAAGAAAACCACCCAUCGUCUGGUACGUUCCCCCUCUCCGGUCCUUGUCUUCGGACCAUCCGGGCUGACAACAUCAUCAUCAUCGAACAGGACAGAGGAGGGAUCGACGAGCAGAGGGGGAGGACAGAGGAGGACCAGCAGGGGAAGAGGGGGAUGAAGAUGGACCUGAGGGAGAUUCUGGCAGGAGGAGGAAGCGUCACCGAGAUCCGAGCCUCCGAAGUUCUGAUCAUAAAGCCUUUAGCYGGCCCCGAGGAGAGGACUCAAGGAGGAAAGGGCAGGGAGGACGGGGAAAUGAAGGGCGGCAUGGAGAGUUUGGGAAGGGAGCUCAGGUCGGACAUGUCCUGGCUGAGAGAAAAGGAGAAGGAGAGACCUUGGGGCCAGGCCACGGUUAUCAAUAAAGACAACAGGAAGGACCUCUCAGAUGACUGCGUGUUUGUCGAGAGGGGAGGAAGGGUAAGCCAGUUGCUGAGUAAAUUCGGAGAACACCCAAAGCCUCCAUCUCGAUCCAAAAGCUCGGAUAAUUUCCUCCAGGCAGGGUGGAGAAAGUACUCAAGCGAUCUCGAUGAACAAUCUGAAGAGAGGAAGAGUGAUGGGAAGAACCUGAUGAUGAAGAGCGUGCCAAAACGCUCGUUCAGCUUCUCCGAUCGAGUCAUCGGCGCCGUGGAGAACGGCGACGAAACAUGUUACAAGAGGAUGCACGCUGAUAGAGGCGCGGCGCCGUGGGUGGAUGCAGUGGCAAAACCCAGGCUGGGGUGCGCACGACUUUUAGACCGAGAGCGCUUCGGAAAACAGAGAGAUGCUAAAACUGAGGAGGAUAAGGGAGGAGCGUUGCACAAAUGGGAGGCAGAAAUGUGGAAAAAACACAGGAUUGUCAAGAAAGUGGAUUCCCUCGAUAAGGGAGCUGCCGAGAACGCAGGAGACGCAGAAGGCGACCGAGGGUUCACUGUGGCAUUGGCAAAAAACACGGAGAGAAUAUCAUUCGCAAGGAAAGUGACAAUCAGGCAGGAUGGGAGAGCAAGAGCUGAAAGGGAAGUGAGGCAACCUACAAGGGAGAGGAGUUUGGACAAAGACUUGGAGACAGGGGGACAGACCGACACUCAGGUUCUGAGGGAAGAUGAAAGUAAAACCCCUCCUGAAGGUUUCGACGGCRGCGCCACAUCAGGAGAGCUGCUCAGUCCCAAUGAAGCACAACACAGACAUGAUCCAGUUUGUACUGAGAGCUCCAGUUUUCCUUUCACCGAUCAGGUCCACCAACGAGGGAAGGAGUGGAGUGGUACAGGACCAGAAGUACCUUAUCUGACGCACUCAGUUCUGUCCCAACAAACGGAGCAUCUUAUAAGCAAAAUAGAAAAACUGGGAGACACGACUGUUUACAUGAACGAGAGAGGAGAAAGAGUUUACAAAUCUGCACCUGAAAUGACCAAAGAGAACCAACAGGAGACCCCAAGAUCCCCAAGAAGGAUCGCACCUGCUGGGAUCCCUCAAGUUCCUCUGGAGAUUCAGAUCCCCAGGUCUGUGUUUUACGUCGCCGAAGACGUGUCGGAUACGAAAAAGAACGAGUGUCGGAGCAUCGACAGGCCGGACUGUGACGGAGGCCAGAAGGUGGAGAGGAGGGACAGCUGGAGGAUCGGGAAACCUCUGAGCCGCAUCGAGUCCCUGCGAGAGAAAAUCCGUCAGAGAGAGCUGGAGAAGUGGAGGCAGAGGGAGGCCCGGGACGGAGAUGGGAGUGAAGCUGCAGAGGCCUGCGACACCCAGACAGGUGAGGACAGGUACGAGCAGAGGGGAAGUGAAAUCGAAAAGGAACGGGAAGCCGUGGCUUGUGUGCAGAUGUGGCCGACCGAGGCAGAGAUGGGGCAGGAAGAGGCAGCAGAGCAGACAUCCACGGCUGACUGUGACGUCAAACGGGAAGUUGGCGUGUUGAAAACGUACCCUCAGCUUCCUGUUUCUGUCACACACUCACAAGACGACAGAGGAGAGGAAGUGACAGGCGAGUGCGCCUCUGCCGCUGCCUCUGAGGUAACCUCUGAUAGCUCCCAGAUAUCCGAGGAUGAAGACGACCCCCUGAAAUAUGUAGAGGAGCAGCUGGGGCACCAAAGGGGUCGAUACGAAAGUGAGGAAGAGGAGGACGAAAAGGACCUCUCAAAAGAGGAGGUGAGAAACCACACACCUAUCGAUUCUACACCACCAAUCUCCUCUUCACCGCCUCUUCCCAGCACCCUGGCAGCCAUGAGCCGGAUCUACAAUCUGAAGACUGUGGGUUCCAGAUCGGCGCUCUGUCUGCGGGACAAAGCGGUGGACGUCCCCUCGCCUCUGCACCUCGUUAAGGUGAAGCCGCUCGUUUCGAACUCACAGGGGGACGGUAAAACACUGACGGUUGAGGACGUCUGCGGGGUUCAGAGGCAGAUAGAGCAGUUUCACCUGAAAGAGCAGGAAGUUCAGAAGCCAUGCACGAACACUUCUUCAAAAGACAGAGAAACGAAAGGUCAUCAAAGCCCAAAAGCAGCGUCGAUGCACCUGAAGAAGGAAAAGGUGGAUUCGCCAGAACUGAACCCCAAAGAGUCUCCUCAGGGUGUCUGUUCCCCAACGUCUCAGCUCAAGCAAACCAUUGCCGUCACCCCUUCGUUUGUCAGGAGCCAGUCUCYGGACAAUUCGCUAAAACCCACCAACUGUGCUCCGACUCCAGCCUCCUCCCCGAGCUCGCCAUCUCCAGCCAACUCGCCCAUCGCCUCCCCAUCGCCCAGCCCGUCGCCGAAGCCCUUCACCAUCAGGAGUGCUGCGGGGGGUCAAGUGAAGAGAGGCGCCACCAUUACAAUCACCCCAAAAAAGCCUGCUGUGGGGUUGACGACGGCCUCCCCGCCACGGCCGACACCAGAAUCCACGAAAGGCCCAACACCGCAAAUGACCCCUACCGUAGAUGAACCAGCCAAGAAGAGGUACCCGGCUGCGGAGGAAAUUGAGGUGAUCGGUGGAUAUCAGAAUCUGGAGAAGUCCUGUUUGGUCAAGAAUAAAGUGACCCCAAAAAGGGUGAAGGUGUGUUUCGACGAGGACCAGCUGGAGCAGGUGUGUGAGUACCCGUCAGAGAACUCCCUGCUGGAGAGGAAGGAGAGGCUGCAGGGAGAGGAGGYGCGUGAGGACGAAGGAGAAGUUGURUUCAAGAGCAUGAAGAGCGUGGAGAUCAGCGUGGGUCAGUGUCACCCCCGUCUCAGAAAGCACAACGUGUAGCGGGAUGACGUUUCCAGUGGAUAAAAUGUUACGAAAUGUUCAAAGUCAGGUCAAAACCUUUCUGUAAAAAUGAUCAUUUACGAAUCCCAUGAAAAGAACGGACCCAAUUAUACCAGUUGUGUCAUUUUUUACAACUUUAUUUGUAAAUUCAUUGAAUUAACRAUAAAAAAAGUGAAAUAUUGAUGCCAGCAAUGAAACAGAUCUUACUUUGACCAAAUUUAAAGGUUCGUUUUUGGCUGUUUUGCCACUGAAUUGGCAAGUUUAUGUGGUAAAACAAAAUUAAUAAAAAUAAGUAGCUCACAAUUAGGACAUUUAACACUCUGCCUCAGUAACUAAAYGUUUUUCAACAGCUCUGUCUUUCAUGGGAUUUGUUCUUAUUAUACAAAAUACAAAACAGUGAGUUUCUGAUGUAAACUCCAAAAAAAUCCCCCAUUUUCAUUGUUUUGUAGGUCAAAUGGCAGCAGGUACGAUGGGGAAAGCUUAGUAAAUUAAUACACCAAAGAACUAAGAUUAACUUGCAAAUAUUUAUAAAUGGGACUGGAUCUCGGCAACCAGAAAACCAUAAACAUUACUGUUUUUCAAAUGGGAAGAUCCAAUAAAAACUCAGAUUAAAACUAAAUAUAUUCACCAUAUUUUCCUUCCGUCUCCAUCUCUCUGUGCUUCAGGUGAAAUCUCAAGAUUUCAUUAAGAAUUAUGUUUGUAGAAAAUGAAACGUUUGGUUUCAUCCGGGAACGAAA